CGCGCGGCCGCUGGGCGCCUGGCUGGGGCGGCACGGGCGGUGUCGGUGGCAGCGCCUAGAAGAGGGCGGGCCGGGGUCAGCUGCUGCAGGCGGGCAGGCGUGCUGAUCUGUGGGCGGCCGCCGCGUCUCCUGCCGCCGCCCUCCUUUCGCCACGAUGCCGGGGAUCGACAAGCUGCCCAUCGAGGAGACGCUGGAGGACAGCCCGCAGACAAGGUCUUUACUGGGUGUAUUUGAAGAAGAUGCUACAGCUAUUUCCAACUAUAUGAACCAGUUGUAUCAAGCUAUGCAUCGGAUUUAUGAUGCACAGAAUGAAUUAAGUGCAGCAACACACCUGACUUCGAAACUUUUAAAAGAAUAUGAAAAACAGCGUUUUCCAUUGGGGGGUGAUGAUGAAGUUAUGAGCUCUACUUUACAACAGUUUUCAAAAGUUAUAGAUGAGCUUAGUUCUUGUCAUGCGGUACUCUCAACUCAACUUGCUGAUGCCAUGAUGUUCCCCAUUACCCAGUUUAAAGAAAGAGAUCUGAAAGAAAUACUAACAUUAAAAGAAGUGUUUCAGAUCGCUAGUAAUGAUCAUGAUGCUGCAAUUAACAGAUAUAGCCGAUUGUCAAAAAAAAGAGAAAAUGACAAGGUGAAAUAUGAAGUAACAGAAGAUGUGUAUACUUCCAGAAAAAAACAGCACCAGACCAUGAUGCAUUACUUUUGUGCAUUAAAUACUCUUCAAUACAAGAAGAAGAUAGCAUUGUUAGAACCUCUACUUGGAUACAUGCAAGCUCAGAUAAGUUUCUUUAAGAUGGGUUCUGAAAAUCUCAAUGAACAGUUGGAAGAAUUUUUAGCUAAUAUUGGAACAAGUGUACAGAAUGUUCGCAGGGAAAUGGACAGUGAUGUAGAGACCAUGCAGCAGACAAUAGAGGAUUUGGAAGUAGCCAGUGACCCUUUAUACGUGCCUGACCCAGAUCCCACAAAAUUUCCUGUUAAUCGAAAUUUAACCCGAAAGGCUGGAUACCUUAAUGCUAGAAAUAAAACAGGCUUGGUGUCAUCUACCUGGGAUAGACAGUUUUACUUCACACAAGGUGGGAACUUAAUGAGUCAAGCCCGCGGAGAUGUAGCAGGAGGCCUGGCCAUGGACAUAGACAACUGUUCAGUAAUGGCUGUGGACUGUGAAGAUAGGCGAUACUGUUUUCAGAUCACCUCUUUUGAUGGGAAAAAAUCUUCAAUUUUGCAAGCAGAGAGUAAAAAAGACCAUGAAGAGUGGAUUUGUACAAUAAACAACAUAUCUAAACAAAUAUACUUAAGUGAAAAUCCAGAGGAAACGGCUGCACGAGUAAAUCAGUCAGCUCUGGAAGCUGUCACUCCUUCCCCUUCUUUCCAGCAGAGGCAUGAGAGCCUGCGUCCAGUAGGACAAUCUCGACCACCAACAGCUCGAACUAGCAGUUCAGGAUCUUUAGGAUCUGAGUCCACAAAUUUGGCUGCCCUUUCUCUAGAUUCUCUUGUUGCUCCAGACACCCCAAUACAGUUUGACAUAAUUUCUCCUGUGUGUGAAGAUCAGCCUGGCCAGGCCAAAACCUCUGGCCAGGGAGGCAGGCGUACAAAUCCAUUUGGAGAAUCUGGAGGAAGUACAAAAUCAGAAACUGAAGAUUCUAUUCUUCAUCAGUUAUUUAUUGUCCGAUUCCUUGGUUCUAUGGAGGUGAAGUCAGAUGAUCAUCCAGAUGUUGUUUAUGAAACGAUGCGCCAAAUCUUAGCUGCUCGGGCCAUCCAUAACAUCUUUCGUAUGACAGAAUCACAUUUAUUAGUCACUUGUGAUUGUUUAAAGUUAAUUGACCCACAGACACAAGUUACAAGACUCACGUUUCCAUUACCCUGUGUAGUUUUGUACGCUACACACCAGGAAAAUAAGCGGCUUUUUGGAUUUGUUCUCCGUACAUCAGGAGGGAGAAGUGAAAGUAAUCUGUCAUCAGUAUGCUAUAUAUUUGAAUCAAACAAUGAAGGGGAAAAGAUUUGUGAUUCUGUUGGACUGGCAAAACAGAUAGCUUUGCAUGCUGAACUGGAUCGUAGGGCAUCAGAAAAACAAAAAGAAAUAGAGAGAGUAAAAGAGAAGCAACAGAAAGAACUCAAUAAACAAAAACAGAUCGAAAAGGACUUGGAAGAACAGAGUCGGUUGAUAGCUGCUUCUAGUAGAACAAACCAAGCCAGUAGUGAGGGGCAGUUUGUUGUUCUUAGCAGUAGCCAGUCAGAAGAGAGUGAUUUGGGAGAAGAAGGAAAGAAGAGAGAAUCAGAAGCAUAAACUUACCAUUGCUUUUUAAUUGACAACCCCCCGCCCCCAGUUGACAAUUUCUGUGGUGAAAUGGCACAAGGUAACAACAAUGUCGGAAUACCAAGGAGGAGACUACAUGUUAUAUUUGCUUGUUUUUAGCUUCAUGUAAAAAAAAAAAAUUGAACUUAAUGACUUAGUUUUACAUUUUUUUCCUUAAAAAUAAUAUACUAUGCAUUAACAUUAAAUUCCACUUGUCUAAACAAAACUUCCUUAUUUCCCUAAAGUAGAUUGCUGAGGAAUUAUACUUGCUCAAGCAUUUUUUUCCUUCAAAUUUUUAACUUUUAAUCUUGUGUUGUAAUUAGCUAUGCCCAUCAGAAAUAAUUUAUUCUUAGGUUCAUAUAUUCAUGGGUAUGCUCCCUCCCUUUCAUUAGGAACAUUUUGCUGGCAGUGAAGAAGUGUUCAACAACAUGACCCUUUCUACAGAGAAUUCUACAAAUUUGCAAAUAUUUUAAUAAUUUUUACUGUGCAAUAGAAUUUGUAUUAAAUCCUUAGAGAUUUUAGACUUAAUGUUUCCAAUUGUGGCAGGUGUUACUGUUGAUUGCAGGGCACUUUCUUGGAUUGCUCACAUUUCUCUGAUGUACUACGCCUGAUGCCAGUAGUGAAAAAGCUUUUGUCUUUGGUUCAAGAUUGAUACAGCCCUUGGCAUUUUAUUAUCAUAUUCUCAGUUCUCAGGUUGGGACUUCAGUUGUUACUGCAGAGCAGUAAUGAUUAAAAUAAGAUUUUGAAAUCCAUUAAAAGAUUUUUUUUGUUCAAAUCAAUUUUAGAUUAGGACUGACUUGUAAAGAUAUUGUUACAAGAUGAUAAUUGUAUUUUCAGCAUUAUGUGAAAUGAUUUUUACUGAUAAUCAAAUGACAUUUCAAAAGAAGUGAUAUAACAAUUAUGUUUACUGCUUAAAAGUAGAAAUUUCCAGAGUUUAGUUUAGAAAAUGUAAUCUUUUAAACUUCAGACUGAUAAGACUGAGAUGCCCAGUAUUUUCAUAAUCCCAUAUUUUGAUAAAGUACUGAAUCAUUACUUUAUAUCCACAGAGGCAAAUAACUAAUUUAUGCGCAUAGAAUAGUUGCACUAAUUAUUUUAAAUACUUUACAAAUGAGUAAAAAGGUCUGAUUCCAUUAAAGACUGAAAAGAAAUUGCCUGGUAUUGCUAGUAGGGGAAGUUGACAAAGGAAGAAUUUUAGUGUGCUACCAGGGUUAAAAUAACAUUUCUAUACUGCCUAUCUUCUGUCAGAAAUUGAUUUCUUUUACUUUGCUCAGAUUUAAACAUGGUUUAUAGAAGUUAUGUUCAUGUGUUCUACAUGAAAAAAUAUAUAUACCUAUAUAUACAUACAAGUUAAAUAUAUUGAGUAAAAUAUCUUACAUAGUUAUACAUUUAAAAUUUUUCAAUAGGUUAGCCACUAAUACUAAUUUCACAAGGGAAAAAUUCUUUUGUCCUUUGAUAAUGUAGUUUUUUCCUUUUAGUUCUGAAUUAGAAAUGGCAUCUGUUAAAAGCUUUCAAAAUAUAGCUCAGUUUCAUACUGUGUUUGUACAUUGUUUUCUGUAGGAGUGGGGUAAUUAUACAUAGCUUCAUGAUAUUCUUUUUAUCCAUGUGCCAAAUGGGAGUAAUGAUUAUUUAAUACUCCUUAAAGCCUUAUGAUACUAAAACAUGUAGUAAGAAAGUAGACAUUCAUGGAAUACUUUUUGAUUAAUAGUUUAUUUUGUGCCUACUAAAGGGAAUGCGUUCACAAUAUUGUAUCAUUCCUUUUGUUAAAGUUGAAAUUUGUGGUCAGUACUUGGUUAGUCAUGGGAAUUCAUGCAUUUAAAACCUUUUUUGAGAUUGGUAAACUUUCAGUUUCAUUAAGUCUUUUCUUUAUAUGUCACCUCACUAAGUUUACAUGAAAUCUGUUGCCCUACAAGGAAGUCAUCAUUAGGAGGCAGUUUUACUUGGUUGGUCCUUUGCAUGGUAGCAAAGUGCUGCCCUUUGUUCGCACUCUGGAUCAAAGUUUAGGCUAGAGUUAAAAGGUAUUGGUAGACAUAUGGAUGCUGAACAGACUUGUAGUUCUUUUUUUUUUGUAGUUUUAAGUCAUGUUCAUAAGAAUUACCACAAUAAUAUGCCCAUGUCCAUAGGACAAAUGCAUUCCAAUGCCAAAUAGAAGUCAUGAGUAAAUUUAGCAUUUUUAAAUGAUUCAACUUCUCUUCCAUUACUAUUAAACUAUAUGAACUAUUCUGUUACUGCAGACCUAUAAGCACCAAGUUUAAUAAGCUCUCCUUUUCAUUUAAAGAAAGCUGCUCAUGGGUUUCAUCUUAAUGUUCAAGUUGAUCUGUUGUUUCCUCCUCUGAAACCCCUUCAGAGACUCUGACAUGCUUUGAUGGCAGUUGGAUUAGAUUUGGGGAUAUCUUUUCUCUGACAUAAACUUAUAUUUAAUGGUUUGUAGAAAUUAACUGCAUUUUUUUUUUCAGGGAAAGAAAUUAAGGCUGCCUAAUUCUGCUAUACAUUCUGCUAACUAUGUGACAGUACUUUUGUAACUAUAGUAAUGAAAUCAAUAGAUAAAAAAAAUCAAUUAUUACUGUAUCCUUUCAGAAUUUUGAAAAUUUGCUAAUGAGGGACUGAAACUGGUACCUUGAACAAAAGUCCAUAAAGCUAAUCUAGUUCUUGUCAUGUCUAUAAUGAUUACUUUGUGUGCAAUUUAAAAAGAAUUCACAGGAUCCAUAAACUAAAUUUGUUGUUUCUAUUACUCUUGGGAAAAGGACAAUAGGAUGUGCAGAACUUCCUAGGUAACAUAAAAUCUCAUGUGAUAAAGGCAUCUGAGUUAAUUUUGAGGUAUAUAUAGGAACCACAGUGUUUAAAAUUUGCAUCUUACAAAUGUUGACAGACCUUAAUAACCUAGGGUAUUUAUUAGCAAAACCUUUUGCCACUUGAAUAAAAUGAAAAUAUGUUUAUUUUGACAACCUCCUUGCAUUUGAAUUGUACUUUAAAUAUUUAAAUAUACCAAUUGUAACAGGCAAACCCUUCAUUUUAUUUUUAGCAAGUUUGGUUUACUUUUUUUUCAUGAAGUUUCUGUUCUACAUUAAUUAAUAAUAUGAAGAUUUGAAACUGGAACCAUAUUAUAUUUUUUAACCAAUCUCUUGUGGCUGUACUCAUAAGUAAUUUACUUUAGUUAAUAUGAGAACUGGGGAUUAAAUUAUAACUAAUAUGUAAAAUUGCUUUGUAUAUUCAGUGACUUUGUAAUGUAAGUGAAUUGGUUAAUUCUUAUUUCACUGAUACAGUUAAUCAUGCAAUGUACCAUUAAGUCAUGUAACAUUUCCCUUUAGAAUUGGAUUUGAAGAACUCACCUUUAUGUGAUCAUGGUAUACAUGUAGGACAGAGAACUUAUUUUUUCAUUUUGUCAAAAUAGGCAUUUGCUGACAAGGCUUCAGGAAAUAUGUUGUUAGAUUUUUUUAAUGUAUAAUAAAGUCUGAUUUUUGUACAGUC